AUGUCUUCGACUAAUGAUUUUCGACGAAAAUGGGAUACAGAAGAGUACGAGAAGAAAGCGCGACAACGCAUCAAAGGGGGAGAAGAGGAUGCGGACAACGGUUCCGAUGACGACAACAACCCGUCAGACAAUGAAGACAUUGAGGAGAAGAGCGGCGAAGAGCCGAAGGAAGUGAAGAAACGCGAGAAUCUGAAGCCACGGGACUAUAGAGUGGACUUAGAGUCGAGAUUAGGGAAGACUGUUGUGAUCAACAAAUCGACGCCCACUUCACAGACCGGAGGUUUCUAUUGUGAUGUCUGUGACUGUGUUGUCAAGGAUUCCAUCAAUUAUUUGGAUCACAUUAAUGGCAAAAAACAUCAGAGGAAUCUCGGCAUGAAUAUGAAGGUCAACAGAUCCACACUCGAAGACGUCCGCAAACGGUUCGCUAUGAAUAAGAGGAAACUCGAGGAACAGCGCAAAGAGUUUGAUAUCGAAGACAGGGUUCGGGAACUGAAGGAAGAAGUUCUCUCUGAGUUUCUUAUGGUUUCUCUGUUUGCUUUCCUCUUCUUCUUCUCCUUUUCUCCGCCGCUACUCCUCCUGUCGCCUGUCUGGAGUCUCUGGCUACUCUACAACUGCAGAAGCGAUGAGAAGUGCGAAAAGAUAACGAUCGACGCGAUCACUACUUUACACAACCAAACGCUCGUUAUAUUUGACAAAAACAAUGUCUGGUUUGUCAACAAAUUCGGUGAUCCGGUGAAAGAGCUGUUGGGUCCGUGUCCUGUGGGCUCUGCAUUUGCUGAGAUGGAGGGACCGGUGGAGGCGGCCGUCACUAUCAUAGACCACCCGUCCAUUGUUGAGUUCAUUGGGGCCGCCGUUUACUUACAAGAGAAACAGUUCUUUACGUUCAAGAAUCUGAAUCCAUAUGUCGUCGAAUGGGGUUCUCUUAAACAAGACCUGAAAUAUUUCGAGUUUGGCAUUGAAUACGACACGCCUAUCGUCUCCAACUUAGGUACAGAACUCAAGAAGUUUGGCGUUUCAACUAAUGUUAAGUCUGUGGACGCGGCACUCACUUUAAAAACGGGACAAAAGACUCAGUUGUAUUUGUUUGUCGGCAAUAAGUUUUGCUCAUUUCUCAUGCAAUCGGACGCCGGAACUCAAGAAUGCAUUUUCAAACCCAUCAAAAAGUUUCUCGGAUGCGAUAAAGCGGUGACAAAGAGUGUCUCUUGUGCUAAGGCAACAAUAGAUGACAAACCUAUUGAAGUCGUGCCAACUAAUGGCAAAAAAGAGGGACCACAAGGCGGUCGUAUCGCUUCAAGAAGACAAAGCGAUACAUUUUUCUCGCCUUUAUUUGAGUUCAAUCGCUACGGAAUGACAGUCUCGUCACUCUUUCUCAUCAUUUACAGCAUAUCUUACAUAUUCUUCUGCUCUCUGGGUCUCAUUCAUGGCAUCAAAACCGAGACCCGUUUCUAUUACCUGCCAUUCAUUUAUGUAACUCUUCUCGAAAUAUUGUUUGUCGUCUCGUUUGGCAUUUUUAUGGUCUAUCGUUAUUAUCAUAACGAAUGGGCCACUUUUGCGGCGCUAAUCUUGUGGUGCUAUUCUUGUUAUCACUUUUAUUUAUAUCUUGUGGUCGUUUCGCUCUACUAUCACAUCAAAGCAUUACAAAACCCGACAUUUAUUGUAUUGUAUCCAUAGUUUACACACAAAUCUCACAUUUUCUUGAUCGAAAAAAUUGUUGACACAAACACUAAAUGUUUACACGAUUUUAUAAUUUAUUUUUAUUUAAUUAUAAAUGCAUUUUAUAAAUAACUCACUUAUUUUAUUG